AUGGCAGUUCAAACAUUUAAACAAAGAAGAGCUAACGAAAAGUUUGCCAAUGAAGUGAAGAAAGUUAGAACUGGUGAAAAACAAAAGGUCAAGAAAGAACCUACUCAAAGGAGUAUUAAUCUCCCAAAGUGGAUGAUUGUUUUGCUUGUCUUCUUACUUGUUGGGGGUGGUGUCUUAGAGUUAUUAAGAAUCUUCUUCUGA